AUGUCUCUUGCUACAUUUCUUUCCCAGUAUACACUGUGUUCAGAUAAACAGCAUGACAACCAUAGACAACCAUGUUAUCCUAUUCAAAACACCAACAAAAGAAUUAGACAACGCACAAACUUUGCUUGUGUAAGAAUGCCAAAAUUAUCACUUCAUUCACAUGGUGAUGAAUAUUAUUACUCUCAACUUUAUGCAUUCCUGCCAUUCCGCAAUGAAAAAGAUAUCGUUCCAGAAAAUGAAACAUUGGCAAGUAUAUUUCUGAAGCACGAAAACAACUUAGACCUUAAAGCMAUUCCUUACCACAAAUUUCACUCAGAGCUCAAAAAUGCAGUACGAAUGUUAAGACUUAUCGAAAAUGGAGACACAGAUUUUGGGCAACUUCUUCAUCCUAAUACAUCAGCAUUUGAGAAUAAUAUCGAUAUUUUCAAUUCAGAAGCAUCAAAAUCUUUAAAUCCUUAUGAUUUUCUUAACACAUCUGGUAUUCCAAAUACCUUACUUGAUGAAAAGCAAAUGUCUGACAACAAAAAUAUUCAAAACUUGGAUAUUUCAAUUGAAGACAUAUCAAAUACUACUGAUUUCAACAGUAUUGCAAUUUACACCAUGAGUGACACUGAAUUUGAAAAAUGCAUUGAAAAUAUGACUGCUGAUCAACAAAAAGUUGUUGACAUACUAUUUAAUUACUUCAAAAAAUUUAAUGAUGCACAACAUUCUUCAGAGCUAUAUCCAGAUCCAUUGUACCUCUUUGUAACAGGGGGGGCAGGUACGGGAAAAUCUUUCCUUAUUCGUCUCAUAAAGGAAAUAAUCAUACGAAAAACAAAGAAAACCUCAGUACUUCUUACAGCACCAACAGGCUGUGCGUCACACAAUAUUAAUGGUCAAACACUACAUAGUACAUUCAAACUUCCGGUGCAACAUCCUAAAGCACAUCUCUUAAACAAUGAUAUACCACUUAGUUAUUCUGCAAGAGAUCAAUUACAACAACUAUACCACGAUAUUCAGUUUCUCAUUAUAGAUGAAAUAAGCAUGGUGUCAGAUCACAUAUUUCAUACUGUCCAUGAAAGACUCAAUCAAAUAAAAUGCAUAGAUCCAUCAUCAAAUAAAAUAUUUGGUGGUUGCUGUGUGAUUGCAUUUGGAGAUUUUUAUCAAUUACAACCUGUUGCAUCCCGAUAUGUAUUUGACACAGCAGUAUACAGCAYAUACAACCUCUGGAUAGCACACUUUAAGCCAGUAUUUUUGACUACAAACAUGCGCCAGAGUCUUGAUCACCAAUAUGCAAAUUUACUCAAUCGUAUAAGAAUAGGCCAUCCAACGCUUAAUGAUAUCAACACAUUAAGAGAGCGAACAAAAGUAUCA